AUCAGGCGGGGCGGCGGGAAGAUGGCGGCGCUGGCGGUUGCCGGGCGGGGGACGCGGGCUCCGUGAGAGGAUGGCGAGGCGGGCGGCGCGCAGCGGCUGAGGCUCCCCCGCCGCUCCCCCGCGGGCCCCGCGCGCUCUUGUCGGUCGGUCCCAUGAGCGGGGCGGGCGGUCUGGCGUGGCGCGCGCUGCACGCGCUGGUGCGCGCCUUGCUCUGCUUGCAGCGCGCGCUACUCGCGUGCCUGCGUGGCCGCGCGGCCGCCGCCGCCGCCACCUCUUGCGCGCUGCUGGCACCCGCCGCCCGCGCGCUCGGGUUCCGCGAGGCGCGCGCGGCCUGGCGGCGGCGGGGACCCGCGCACGGCGCGGCGGCGCGCGGACGGCAGCGGUGGCGCGCGGACGGGCGCGCCCUGCGGAAGCUGCCGGUGCACGUGGGGCUGGUGGUGACCGAGGAUGAGCCGAGCUACGCGGACAUGGCCAGCCUGGUCGUGUGGUGCAUGGCCGUGGGCAUCUCCUACGUCAGCGUCUACGACCAUAACGGUAUUUUCAAGAGGAAUAAUUCAAGAUUAAUGGAUGAAAUUUUAAAACAGCAGCAAGAACUCUUGGGACUAGAUUGCUCCAAGUACACCGUGGAAUUUGCAAAUCACGACAAAACUGGUCAAGUUUUAAAUUGCCAAUCUACAUUGAAGGUGCUGUCUCCGGAAGAUGGAAAAGCAGACAUAGUCAAAGCUGCUCAGAACUUCUGUCAGUUGGUAGCACAGCAGCAAAGAACACAUUCAGACCUGGAUGUGAAUAUGUUAGACAACUUAUUAAGUAGUACAAAUGGAUUUCCUGAUCCUGAUUUAGUCUUGAAGUUUGGUCCUGUGGACAGCACAUUAGGAUUCCUUCCAUGGCACAUCAGACUGACAGAAAUCAUUUCUUUGCCUUCCCACCUAAACAUCAGCUAUGAAGACUUUUUCUCUGCCCUCCAUCACUAUGCAGCCUGUGAGCAACGCUGGGGAAAGUGACUUCGGGCUGAGUGCAUGGAGUUAGGCUUUCUGUGGGAAGGAAUUGAUGUCUGUUUACAAGCACCUGCGACCCAUAAGUCUGGCUCAUAGUCCUUUCUUAAUUUAUCAAAAAAAUUCAAUAAAGUGUCUUACCUUUCUAGAGAGUCUGUGUGAAUGCGUGAGAAUCUGUGGGGAGGGGAAUUCACAGAUUUCCUCUUUGAAAAAGACAAUUACUAAAACAAAGCUGAAUUGCCCUCACUUUGACAUUCAAGUGUCAAAAUGAACGUGCAAGAAUUAAGUGCUGUAAAAUCUACAGGACAAUGUAAAUAGGAGUUCUGUGCCGUGAAGGUCCUUAAAACUAAGAAAGAACUCCCAUCUUUGUUUCUUAAUUCUUCAUGGUCAGGCAUUUCAGAGCUAAUGGUUUAUCAUCAGAUAUAUUUACUCUGUAAUAUGUGAAUUCUAGAGAAGCUGAUUUGGUUAACUGAAAAUAGGGACUGCAACUUGGCUGGGAUGACUAAGCCAGCUGUAGGUGUUAAGGUCUAGAAAUACUGAGAAGAUUCCAUAAAAAGAGAUGGAAGCUUCUAUGGUAAGUGGAAUAGGCAGUCUGUAUUGCACUAUCCAGGUUUUUUGUUUUGUUUGGUUGUUUUUUUUUAAGUGGUGGAAUGAAAGUAUUUCUGCAGCCCUGAGUGAAUGCAGCAUCUCUCAGCAUCAGGUCAGUUUUCCAUUGGGAAUAAGCAUAAACAGUACUAUGUAUUGUUUGUAUACCUGUUCUCCCCAUAACAUGCUCACACAAGGUAACAAGCAGGAUGAGGCUCUGGCAUCGUUUGCUGAAAGAUUUGAAAAUGGGCUGAGUCAGCUACCAUGGCUAAAUGUGAUUUGCUGCUUGUACUUGUGUGCCCAGCAAGGGAGUCCGCUUAAGCCUUUUAUUAUUUUUAUUUGUUCUAAACUGAGCAUUGGAAGUUUGAAUGGGAGUCUGAAGCGGACAAAGAAGGAAGAUGAAGUAAAGCUGCCCUACCGUACAUCAGCACUGAGAUAAUGGAGCAGAAAUAUUGGCUAAAUGGUCUUCGUCAUGGAAUGGCAUGUCUGAGUUACAUUCCUAUUGUUGGAAGCAGUUUAAAAUUGCAAGUUUAUAGCUGCAUUUGGAUAAAGCAAUAUGUAUUAGAUCUGUAUUACUGAAGACAAACAUUAAUACUGCAGCCUUCUACCCUGCAGGCUGCAGAACUGUUGAAUGCUUCAUUCUGGAAGUGUUUCCUGUUUCCCCCCCACUACUCUUCAAACUGAGCCUGGCUUUAUCUCCUUUGGGAUAGCCAUGUCACUACAAGGGAAAACAACUGUUUUUAAAAGGGAAUUGCCAGAUUUUAAAUGAAUGUCUGCCUCAUUGUGAAAUGGUGUAUUUUAACUUGUUGUUGCUUGAUGUAAUGUUAUAAAGCAGAUUGCAUAAACUCUUAGCUGCGGUUUUUCAUCAUACUAAGGUUAGAUUGCAGUUACAGAAAGAGAUCUGUGGUAAAUUUAUUUCAGAAAAGAGCAAGGGAUAUUCAAUAAAUUAACUAAGGGUUUUAACAUACAAUAGUUUUUCAUAGGAGCUGGAAUACAUAGAAUACACUUUGUAGACUGGUCUCUUGUGUGUGCCAGGUCCUGUAUUGCUGAGAAGGUGAACAGUUGUGCAAUGUUUCCUGGGCUCUGUCAUUGACAUGGGCAAGUUUACUCACUGAGUGUUAAGUUCAACUUCUUUGUGGGGAGUGGGUAGCCUGUUGAAGGGUAUCUGGAGUAUUGAUGUUCAUCUGUAAUAAGAAUUUUGUUUCAUUAAAAUGCAAGGUUGUGUUUAUGUUCCAAUAUGUAAGUGUUACUGUGUCAUUGAAGCAGUUCUGGUGCUGGCAGUAAUGGGAAAAGCUUAGUUUAGCCCUCAAAAAUAAUGUAUUUUUUAUAUUUGUAUCAAACUGCCAAAGACUACUUCUCAUACCUGAGUUCCCUCAGUCCUCAAACUUCUGCAUAUCUCAGCUAAAAAGCUGUGUUUAAUAUUGGAGACAGAUCUCAAGGCCUAGAAUUUGUCUAUAGAGGUUUGCUUAAUAAAACUAAAAUGAUUAGUUCAGCUGCAUUUGAUUCAACUUAAAUCUCUUCUGAUGGCUAGUUUAAUUGUGAAUUAAGUGUUCCUCCUGGAAUUAAUGUAGUUGAACUAAUCCACGUUAUCACUUAGUUGGGAUUAUUUUACUGUCCCUGUGUGGGCAGUCUUCAGUGAGGUGUGCCAAAAGCACUGUGCGUAUUCUCGACCUGCUCUCUGAAUGUACGUCCUUGCCCUUAGCGCCUCUCUCCAGCUUGUUCUGUGUGAAGGUCUGUGCUAUCGCUGUGACAUGUUUGGGUACCUGUACAUAAUGUGUAAAAUGAGUUUUUAUGAUUAGGGAAUCGAUUUAUUGAACUUUAUUAUUGAAAGCUGAAUCUGUAAAACAAUAAAUCAAUAAAAGACUAUAAUCUUUCUA